GAACUAUAUUGAAAGCAACAUAAAUAAAGAGGAAGUAAAAAGUUCAAGUUAUCAUCAACAACACUGAAAACUUUUCAUCUGCUCUCAGCAAUUCAUCACAGACAGAGGAAGACAUGUCCAAGAGCGUCCAAGAAAUGUCCAUGGAUAGUGAUGAACCACCAUCAGCAUAUGUAGUUGAAAGAAAUAGCUUUGGAUCUAAAGAUUCUUCAACUCUGAUUCCAAUACCCAUCAUUGAUGUAAGCCUCCUCUCAUCAGAAGAUGAGCAAGGGAAACUAAGAUCUGCUCUGAGUUCAGCAGGAUGCUUCCAGGCAAUUGGUCAUGGAAUGUCAAGUACAUAUCUUGAUAAAAUUCGUGAAGUUGCAAAACAUUUUUUUGCACUUCCAGUGGAGGAAAAGCAGAAGUAUGCCCGAGCAGUUAAUGAAGCUGAAGGGUAUGGAAAUGACAGAGUAGUUUCAAAGAAGCAAGUCCUUGACUGGUCCUAUCGCCUAUCUCUUCGAGUUUUCCCAAAGGAAAAACGAAGGCUUUCUCUUUGGCCAGAAAAUCCUAGUGAUUUUGGUGAGUCCUUAGUUGAGUUUUCUACCAAAGUGAAAUCCAUGAUGGAUCAUCUACUGAGAACCAUGGCAAGGUCACUGAAUUUGGAAGAAGGCAGCUUCUUGAGCCAGUUUGGAGAACAAUCAUCACUAGUAGCAAGGUUCAACUUCUAUCCACCUUGUUCAAGACCUGAUUUGGUUCUCGGUGUCAAACCUCACACAGAUAGAUCAGGAAUCACAGUUCUGUUGCAAGACAGAGAAGUGGAAGGUCUUCAAGUUCUAGUAGAUGACAAAUGGGUCAAUGUCCCCACAAUACCUGAUGCUCUUGUUGUCAAUCUCGGCGAUCAAAUGCAGAUCAUGAGCAAUGGAAUAUUCAAGAGCCCAAUGCACAGGGUUUUGACAAACACAGAGAGGUUGAGGAUGUCUGUGGCGAUGUUUAAUGAGCCAGAACCAGAGAAUGAAAUUGGACCGGUUGAAGGGCUGAUAAAUGAGACACGACCAAGGUUGUAUAGAAACGUUAACAACUAUGGUGAUAUCAACUAUAGGUGCUAUCAAGAGGGGAAAAUAGCUCUUGAGACUGUCCAAAUUGCACAUAACUCUGAUAAGAAGUGAGACGAUUUCACCUUUGAAUUCCUCAUAAUAAUAAAGAUCUUGACUGCUGUAAACAUAUUAAUGUUCCAAAUUAGGGUAAGAGAGACAUGAAUGGUUUAGUACUUAAGUUGUUAUGAAACAAUGACUAGUUAUAUACACCCUCCGGUCACUAUUAUAAGUAAAAGUUAGUAGUUUAGAUUCAUUCAAUAAAUGAUGUAUGUGGUAAUUAAAAUGAUCACAUACAUCAUUUAUUGAAUGAACCUACAAAGCUAACUUUUGCUUAUAAUAGUGACCGGAGUGUGUAUUUCAACUUUUGAGAGUAUGUUACCUUGCUUGUAUGCUAUUUUGCUCAAUUAGUUUUUUUUCAUUCAUUUAA